GAGAUAUGGAAGUCUUCACCAUAGGUACCGUUCCGUGGUUGGUUUAAUUUUCAACCGCAGCAAUAUCCGCCGGCGGCCGGUUGUACGUAUGUGCAGCCACCCAUCACAAUCGUGUCAUACUAGAGUUGCGGAUGAAUGCAACUGGAAGUGCCGACAUCAAUACCAUACUUCAUGCAAAGGUUCCGUGGUUAGCUCAUUAUCGCGCAGGCGCACUUGGCUGUUGACUGUGCAGUCUUCGCUCUUCGUCUUCGCUGGUUGUUGGCGUGGCUCGCGCCGUCCGCGGUUCAUGCUAUAUGUUGCUUCCCACCCCCUUGAGGACUGGUCACCCGUCACCUGCGGUUCCGUCCUGCAUCAGCCCGAAGUUUAUAUAUUGCUAUCUAAUAAGGGGCGCGCACGACGCGCAAUGAAGAAGCACCGUUCGGCAAGCCACCUCUCCCACGCUCAGAGUUGUCGCGGCAUCUGGACCGUUAGACCAAGGAUCCUGAUCGGAAACCAAGCGUUUUGUAUGUACAUGGCCUCCUCUACGUGUAUUCGACAAUGCGAUAGGUGCGGCACGGCACACAUCCGACGAUAGGAGUGGGAGCAUCAUAACACAUCCCAUACACCUGCGCUUGGUUUCCGAAUGAUUGGUCGCGUGGUUCCUAGACAACUUGAACGGAACGGCUACAGUCCAACCCCGCUCGUUCACCGCAGUGAGCGCAAUUCGGGAUACUAAGGAACUGAGUCUCUCGAUCUCGAAUACCCUGUGUGGAAGGCGGUUUUCGCAAGACGACCAAAGUCGAUACCGUCUCCUGGGCGAGUUCUAGAUUUCGACGGUUACUCCUAGGAAAGUUA